AUGAGCUUAAAUUGGAAUUUCCUAAACAUUGAUCCAUCCAACAUAAUAACUCAAUGUGGCUCAGAAUAUAAGUAUUCUUACCUAGUUUUAUUUCACUGUAUCCUUAGCUUAUGUGUGAAUUUAUCCAGCAGAACAAUUAAUAUUAAUAUGCUAGUUAAGAUGUUUAAUUACUUUGUAAUAUUGAUUAUUAAGAUGCUAUAGAACUCUCAAUUAUGGAUUUAAAUGGAACUUAUUAUAAUAUUAUCAUUACAGAAUUUUAUUCUGCUUAGUAUAAUAUUACAUAAAAUGUAGAAUACAUUUUAUAAAUUGAGAUAUUUACUAAUUAAGUUUAGUAUCCUAUAUUAACAGUCAAAUUUAAUUGAAUAAUUAUACAAUGAUAAUCUAGCACCUUUAGUAAGUACGGUCAAUUUUUGUAAUGAUAUUAACCUAAUUAUCUCAAUGCUUAAUCGGUUGAAAUAGCUCAAACUAUUUAUUUUGUUAGUAAAGUAUCUUUUCUAUCAAUAUAUGUUUUAUCAAUUAUUGUAAUUAUAUUAGGAAAUGCACUUUCAUUUUGGGGAAUGCUAGAUGCCCUUUAGCAGUAAUCAUCUCUCAAAUUUAUCAAUGUUUUAUACCCUUAAACUUUAAUUAUUACUUUCAAUCAAUGUGAAGAGUGUGAUAAAAAUAAUAUUAGAGGACUUGGGUGUUAUUUUUAAACAAAUAGGAUAAAAUUCCUUUAUUUUAAAAGAGCAGCCAAUAACUAUUAUAUUCAAGGAGAUUUAUCGUUGA